UUAUUUUGUUUGUCUCUCUUAUUGUCUUUCAAUCACUGAAUUGAUUGUAUUUUUUGACCCAAUUUUGAAAAACACAAAACUAUUUCAUUUUUAAACAAUAUUUUUGCCGAUCAAUCGCUGGUCACUAGUAGUGGUCGUCGUUCGGUUGAAUGGUUGAUCACCAAUGAGUACAAAACAGCGGGUCUCGCGAAGGACAACACAGUUGCCAUCGUCGUCGUCGUCGUCUUCGAGCCGAAACAUAAGAUCCAAUGCUAUGGAAGUCUAUCGGCAAACCCGACGGAAGCGGAAUCGGGUUGUAAAGUACGGAUCGAAAGAGGCGGCUAAAGCCGAGCGGAUUGCUGCCGACGAUAUCUAUGACGCCAAAGGUAUUCACGUGAUCUCUGGCCGCGAUUUGUGCGACUGUCUGAACGAGUCGUGCGACGGAUGUUUCUUUGCGUGUGUCAACAAACGGUGCAAAUCGACAAAAUGUGGUCCAGAGUGUCGACAAAAACGCAAGUUCUUCUACGAGACUAUUCAGGACCAGAUAAUGGAGACGAUUCGUGUGAAUUUUACGGCCAAAAAGUGUGCCGACGCCGCAAAAGCUAUGAAAGAUCAGACCAUUCAUAUUGCCUGAUCAAUGGGACCAACGGUUUUCAUAGGAU